AUGGCAAUAAACGCCGUGCAACUUGCGUUCUACGUCUUAUUUCUGCGAGCGAUUCGAUACUUUGAUACGGAUGCCACAAUUUUCUUAAUUGACAGGAGAUACGCGGUAAAAAAAGAGAUGCUGAUGCCACUGAUCCACACUUUUGAUCGUUUUAUACGUGUUUGUAAUGCUAUCAGCAUUAGGAAAGAUAUUUUGAGCAUGCGGAUGUGUUGUGCAAUCGCAUAUAAACAGUUUUUAAAAAUUGUGUGUUGGAAAUGGAGAGUGUGCCUACUUGUGCUGCACGGUGAAGCGGAAAUGAUUACGUUCUACACGGUUUAA